AUGGUUGAGUUGGGCGAUGCUGGUGUGCGUGUCAUGCUCGUGAACGAGCGCCGUCAGUUGGGACUGGUCAGCUCCGGACUGUCUAUUGUCCUUAAGGUAUGUCUGCUUAUUGUGGUGAUAGUGGCAGCCGUAUCAGCUCAUGAUGGCCACUCCUCGAUUCACAUCCUAAGACACGACGGUCAUCACACACCUGUGGUUAUAAAAGAUAAGCAUGGGCAUCAUCACGUGGACUACUAUACACAUCCCAAGUACAAGUUUGGUUAUGAUGUAAAGAGCCAUCACACUGGUGACCAUAAGAAACACCACGAGCACCGCGACGGUGACCAUGUCAAGGGAGAAUAUGCCUUGCACGAGCCUGAUGGCGGUGCCAGGCAUAUUCACUAUCACGCUGACAAACAUUCCGGUUUCCACGCAGACGUGAAGCAUAGUAUCCACCACAUAGUGCCCAAGAAGCAUCAUCAUUAA